UCAAUCUCUAAUAGUUUAGAGUAUCAAGACAAAGUAGUAGCAUGUGUUUUAUGCCUUAUUUUGCUAACAUCAGUCAUGAUGAUUAAAACCAGUUUCAGAACCAAUCUAGCUAUUUUUGAAUAUGAAAAAAAGAAAAAAUACCAGGAGGGAAAGGUUGAAAUUUUCCAUUCAAUAACACAGCAGCCAAAAUAGCAAAAGGUCUAUUUUUAUACAGUAAAGAAGUAGUAGGGCUAUGCUGAAAAUUAAUAGUGCAGAGAAUCCGACUUGUCUAUGUGGUGUCUCUUUCAGAUCUUCCAUUACAAUUUAUAGACUACAUGGGUUCAGUAACGUUAUCCUUAUUUUACGUCAGAGUCGGUCAUGCUAUGUUUGUUCCAUGGACCGACAUGAUUUGCAAGGACACAGCCUCUAGGCUACUACUCGAACUUUAACAUGUUAAAAGCGUACAUUCACAUUAUGUGGAAAUUAAAAACGUCAUGUAGGCCUACAUUCAACGCAGAUUCUUGUACUCUAAGACUAAGUAACUGCAAUAACAGCGUAAUGUCAUCUCAGAUUAUGAUUUCACACAACUUGGUUUAAUGAAUUCAAGGAUCACGUUAGUCGUUUUUGAAAACGCACGAGAUAAUGUCGAAUGUAGCACAUGUAUGUUACAUAUUAGGCCUAUAUACUUAACGUAUUAAUUGUUAAUAGACUUCGGCGAUUUUAAACCGCUUUGCAAUCGAACAGAAUUUAAUGCCGCGUCCUCUUCUUAAAUCAGGCCUACGUUGCAUCUCCGAACAGGAAAAACUUUCCAUGCGCUUUGGCAACUAUAUGCGCUUUGUCACUAUGGCAACGCAAGUUCAGGCAGUAGCCUACUGUGUUUUUUGAUAGAGGCCUAAACACCAAAGUAAUUAACCGAAAAAGAAACACUCGACGCGUUUCAACAGUUUCUUAAUGAUCAGUUCGUUUAAACUAUGCAAUAAUGUGAGCAGCUGAAGGACCGGAGAAAAACAUAUUGACAAUGAGAAAAUGGGUUGUCUCUGGCUGGCAAGGUGGCAGAAGUGAGGAGUUUGAGAACCGGAGGAACCAAUCAGUGCACUAUGACAGCCCUCAGGGACUGGACUACUAUGACCAGCGCGCGACUCCUGGAGCCCGGCCACCCGUGCGCCAUGUCGAAAACUCCCCCCUGGGCCAUGUCCAGCAGCGUUCCUUAUCAUCAGACAGAAAGUCCGCCCCCCUGGACAGGAAACAGGGCAGCCCAUCGGUGCUGCGCAAGUUCGGCGCCAUGCUUCAGGAGAACGAGGGGAAGCUGCUGACGGAUGCCGGCGUGGUGGCGCCCUCCCCUCCACCGACCGUGACCACCGGCUCCUCUCCCAUCAGCCCCCGCCGCUCACAUGCACGCACGCCUUCACACUCCCACGCGCACGCGCGCUACUCCAACCCCAGCCCCACUCCCCCUCCACACUCCUCGCCCAAACUCACCCCCACCCAGGGGCAGCAGCGAGGGGGGCAGUGGGGCGAGAGGAGGGACCGGGACGUCUCCGGUGGCAGGGUGCCGGUCCAAGGGGGCGACCCGGCCACUGAUUACUGGAUGGUGGAGCACGUCCUAAAUGGACCGAGCGUGGGCCGGCGCCGCAGCCACAGCAGUGGCAGUGGGGGCUGCUACAGCAACAGGGGUUACUACGGAAACGGAACAGGCAUUAGCCGAGAGGAGAGCGGUCUGGUGGAGCUACUGAGCACGCUGGACAUUCAGCAGCAACAGCAGCGGCCAGCCAGCAGAGUCUCUCACACACCGCCGGUCAGCCGCGAGUCCUCUCCAGCACCUUCAAGGCGGAGCUUCUCCCGUCCUGCCCGGCCAGCCAAUCAGCGCCCACCUUCCAGAUGGGCCAGCCAGACAGGCUCCACCCGCCCCAGGCUCUCCAGCCAUUCAGGUCCCAUGAGCCGUCCCCCAAGUCCCGCCCGCAAAGCCAGGCCAGCCAAUCAGAGCUUCAGCUCCUACUCGCUGCACACAGAAACGGUCAUCAUGUGACAAAUCUGUGCAGGGCCAUCUCUGAAAGACAUUAGCAUUCAUAAGUGCUUACACGGACUGGUUUAAACACUUUUGUCAACCUGCCUUAUAUUCUUGACGUUUUUGAAGUACUAGUCGGAGGACUAUCCCCCACCAGAGUCUCUAGGCUCACAAUGACUUCAUAAGUGUUUGCAAAGGGAUUCCCAAAAGCCUGGAUCCUUUUCUGCACAUCUGUGGUUUAAAUGUAUCUCAGAAGGUAUUUAAAGUAAAAUGCCACUUCAA